UUUGUUUUCUCAGUCGGGUCCAGAGGUUCUUCGGCCGGUUUCACCGCGCUCCGAGAACUUCUUAAGAGAGAGUUCAACCGCUCGGUGGAGCUGCAGUUCCUGCGGACGGCGUCCAGCUUCGCGUUCCGCGUGGUGUCGGGACCGGUGAUCUUCACCUCCAUCUCCGUGAUCAACGCGCUGCGGCGGGCGGCGCCGCGCGGCGUGGGCCCCGCCCCCUCCGUGGCGCCGCUUUACGCCGAGCCGGACCCCCGCCACCACGUCCACUCGGUGCUGCAGUUCGUCCCCGCACACGUGGACGUCCGUGUCUGCAACUUCAGCGAACGCAUCGAGAGAGGCCUGAUGAUGGCGUACGCCGAGACGCAGCGCCGCGCCCACGAGGCGGGAAACGCCUCGGUACAGCUGUUGAACAUAACUACGUCAGCGGCCUGGUCGGCGGCGGCGGAGCAGAAGGUUUCCGUUGACAUUACGUUUGCGGUGCGUGAUGGGCGAGACUUCCUGCCGGGGUCAAAGGUCAGCGAACACCUUAGGAAGCUCAGCCUGGUGGAGUUCAGCUUCUACCUGGGAUUCCCAGCGCUGCAGAUCGCAGAGCCGUUCCACUACCCCGAGCUGAACACCUCUCAUCACCUGCGCUUCACCUGGGUCCGCACAGGUAAACUCUUUUUACACAGACCGAUGUCCCCCACCAGACCGAUGUCCCCCACCAGACCGAUGUCCCCCACCAGACCAAUGUCCUCUAAUGGACCUGCAGUGAAGCUUCGCGAAGUCAAACCCCUUCACACUGGGAGCCUGCAGCUGGAGACAAGCGGCGGAGCAGACGAGCUCCUGUCCUCGUCCUCCAUCUUCGACCAUGUGGACCGUUUGUCUCGUGGCUCGUCUGACGGGACGCGUCGCCAGGCCAACAAGGUGCAGCUGAUUGCCAUGCAGCCGCGGCCGAGCCCCCCUCCGCUGCACGGGCCCCUCCACGGGCCCCCGCUGCACGGGCCCCCCCACGGGCCCCCCCACCUCAGCCCCACGCUCACCGAGAAGGUCAGCACCGAGGUGGCGCUGCGACACAAGUCCGAGAUCGAGCACCACAGGAACAAGCUGCGGCAGCGCGCCAAGCGGCGGGGCCAGUGCGAGUUCCCGUCCAUGGACGACAUCAUGGACGCCUUCGGGGACGGGCCGGUGCAGACUGAGGUCGCCCAGCGCCUCUACAGCUCUGCCCACGACCACAUGGACUGCAUCCUGCAGGCCGACGGACAGUCCCCCCCCACGCCCACCGAGUCCCGAAUGAGAGGGCGGCGUUCUCCUCGGGGUCGACGGGGGCCCCCCCCUGGCCCAGGAAGUCUCCCCGACACCGACAGAGACCGGCUGCUCACCGACCACAGCGCCACGUACAGGAAGUACCCGGGACUCAACAACGUGGCCUACAUGUCGGACCCUGACCUCCCCCCCGACAACGGCAGCCCCUCCCCUACAGACGAGGUGUUUGACCCUGCCCCGCCCCCCUACAUGCCCCCCCAGCCCUCCAUCGAGGAGGCGCGGCAGCAGAUGCACUCGCUCCUGGACGACGCCUUUGCCCUGGUGUCUCCGUCCUCGCAGGGCAGCGGGGUAAGCCCCGCCCUGCCCGGCCCACCCUCUCAGCCCCGCCCCCCGGGCUAUUACCCAGCAGCCUCCACUCACAGCCCUUUCUCUGCUAGAUACGCAGAGCUGGGAAUAUCCCCCACGUCCGUCCAGGGUCUGCUGCAAAGACAUGGAGAGAGGUACAAAGUCAUUUGA